AUGGUUAACGCAAUUUUAUCAAAAAAAAAGAAGUUAGUAGCUGACGGUGUCUUUUACGCUGAAUUAAAUGAAUUUUUCACCAGAGAAUUAGCUGAACAAGGUUAUGCUGGUGUUGAAGUUAGAAAAACUCCAUCAAAAUUAGAAGUUAUUGUUAAAGCUUCAAAUACUCAAGGUGUUUUAGGUGAACAAGGUAGAAGAAUCCAUGAAUUAACUUCAUUAAUCACCAAAAGAUUUAAAUUGCAACCAGAAGGUAUUGCUAUCUAUGCUGAAAGAGUUGAAGAAAGAGGUUUAUCUGCUGCAGUUCAAGCAGAAGCUUUAAAAGCCAAAUUAUUAAAUGGUUUACCAAUCAGAAGAGCUGCUUAUGGUGUUUUAAGAUUUGCUAUGGGAGCAGGUGCUAAAGGUGUUGAAGUUGUUAUUUCAGGUAAAUUAAGAGCAGCAAGAGCUAAAUCACAAAAAUAUGCUGAUGGUUUUAUGAUUCAUUCAGGUCAACCAACUAAUGAUUUUAUUGAUAUUGCUAUUAGACAUGUUUUAAUGAGACAAGGUGUUUUAGGUGUUAAAGUUAAAAUUAUGAAAGAUCCAGCUGCAAAUAGAUUUGGUCCAAGAGCUUUACCAGAUGCUGUUAAAAUUGCUGAAGCUAAAGAUGAAGAUGAAGCUAUUUCUGCUCCAACUGUCAAAUCUUAUAAACAAAAACAAGAAGAAGAAGAAGUUCCAACUGAAGUUGAACAAACUGCUUAA